UCCUCCAGAACAAUCACCACCAUGCGUCGCAGAAGAUCAGCUUGUAGUGUCAAUUCUGACAGCAGUGAUAUCGAUAUUGAUCUCUUAGGUAUGCGUUUUCACAGUUCACCUACCUACAAGCAUUCAAUAGCAUAUGUUGCAUGACUAAGACAUGUCCUUUUACCUGAUACCCUACCCAUUUCUAUCCCAUAACACAUUAGGAUACACUUACCAGUUUUCAAUGUUGUGUGUUGCAGCUGAGACAGAGUUGAGCAAACUCCAGAGACAGUUUCGCAUCAUGGAAGGAGACAGGCAGGUGUACAACGUAGAAUCACAGGAUCUCAUUCGCAGACAGCUGUGAGGAUCUUUUCCUCUUAAAGACUGAAAACAGUGAAGAUCACUCAUUAAGAUUCAGUGUACCUCUCAAGUUGUCUUUUGCUAUGUUUACCUGGACAUUCAAACUAUACUGUAUGCCCAUGACAACUUAGUGUGGGACCCGUGUACUCCGUUCUGCCUCCUCUGGUCACUUGGCCCCCCCCCCCCCCCCCCCCCCCAGCUCCCGCUCAACCCAGUCAAAGCUCUUGUCUGUCCUGGCACCCCAAUGGUGGAACGAGCUUCCCGCUGAUGUUAGGACAGCGGAGUCCCUGCCCAUCUCCCGAAAACGUCUGAGAACCUACCUCUUCAAAGAGUAUCUUAAAGUCCUACUCCAGUCUCCUUUUCACCAGAUUUACUUAACAAAAGGCUCUUAAUAGGUGGUCCAGGUAUCCUCAUGAAAUUAGGAUUUUUGUUUUGUUCUCUAUUGCUCCUCUAUUGUUCCCACAAGCAAGAGGGGGAGGCCGAUGACAUCAGAGAGCACCAUAAGACCAACUCCUUGAAGUUUGCAGUUGUGUCUAAAAAAACAUUAUUUGCUCAAAACAUACUAUUUUACCCUUAGGUGUGUGUACAUUACUGUAUUUAUACGUGGGAUAUUGUUUUUCAAAAGGAAAAGUUCAAAAAUAGCUGGAGUGCGUCUUUACAUACCCCCCCCCCCCCCCCCCCCCCCCCAAUUUGUUUGAAAUAAAUUAAACCCUUGCUUUUCGUGAAGUAACACUCGCACUUGACUUUUUUCCUAUUAGCACUGACUUUGCUGAUGGCUACUUUGAGGAAAAAUGUACUUACUAUGACUGAGAUAUGUGGUUUUCUCACCUAGCUAUCUUAAGAUGAACGCACUAACUGUAAGUCACUCUGGAUAAGAGCGUCUGCUAAAUGACUUAAAUGUAAAAUGUAAUAAAAAUGAGUUUAGUUGGAGCAACGUGGCCAGCCCAGCCACUGCCAACUGAACUGGCCUAAUUGCUAACAAAAGGUUUUUAAAACAGUAUGAUUAAGUGUAGUACAGUGUACCGCCAUAUCAGUGCUAACUCUGCCUCUAGUAAGAGCACUGAGUCCAGUAUGACACAAGCACAUGGCUUCUUCCUCUGACACUGAAACGGUGCAUGUCUGUUACCCAACCAGGAGGGAGAUCCAAAGGCUCCAUGGUGAACGCGAGGAACUUCUCCGUAGCCUGCGUGUCUCAGAGAGUCCAUUCCGACGCUGGGAUGACGCAGACGCCACGCAAAAUCUGAGCAGCAUGCUGGUGUACCGCGACAGGGUGGAGGAGCAACUCGACUCUGAACAAGGGAAAAUGACUUAUCUGAGACAGGAGGUGUUUGUAUUGAUGAUUGGUUUGUUACAAACAUCAUAGAUGUGAAUUGUCCAGAUAAUCAGGAAUUCAUGAUAGUUUAACCUCAUCUUACCCAUGCUAGAAACUGACUUUACCCCCAAACCUGCAGGUGUAGCAGAUGGGAAUCUGUGAAACUCAUUCCUCAGCCUGAAGUGUCGCCCCUUGCGCUGUUGAAGAAGGCUUUUUUCAAUAGCACGAUGGGUUGGAACUCUUCAGGAGGGCGGUCACGUGUUUGGGAGGUUGUGAGUUUGAGAGCUGAAUCAGAGGGGAAGCAGUAUUCACUAAGCAAGAAGCGUGACAUCCUUUACAAUGGUGCUGUGACCUGGAUCUGCAGCUGCACUCAGCUCAACCGCUGGGGUUGCUGUGGAGUGAGUUUGGGGGGUGAAUGUAGCAGAUGGGGACCUGUGAAACUCAUUCCUCAGCUUGAAGUGUCGCCCCUACCGCUGUUGAAUAAGGCCUUUUUCAAUAGCGCAGAGUUCCUAAAUUUGAGUCUCUGUAUAAGCUGAAUCAGGCGGAAGCGCUAAGCAAACAGCAUGAAGUCCUUUACACAGGCCUAUAUCUUUUUCUAAUGUAUUUUAUUUUAAUCACCUCCGAUUGACAAUGUUUUAUUCUUGCUCAAAUACCUAGUGAUUUAUUUGCUUAUCUGCUGUUAUCUGCUUCUUCUGUGGUAGAUUUUGACUUGGGAGAGUAAGCUGGCUGGCCAGAGGAGAGGAGGGAGCACCACAUGCCUCAGUCAGAAGUCGGAGGCCAACCAGACACAGAAGGACAGCCUCAUCUUGGAGAACAAACUGGACAGGGUUAGCAGUAGCCUGAGUGCCCGUGUGUUUCUGCUCUCUUGCCAACUCCUUAUGGAAUUGUCAUGGUGUUGACAUGCCACCCAUGUCUUUGCACCAGGGUCGUGUUCGCUUCAACAAGCUGUUGGCCAAGAACGGGCAGCUGAGAGAGGAGCUGAAGAUCCUGCACGUGGAGAGGAAGCAGUUCCUCCCCCUCUACUGCAGGAUGGAGAGGGUAGAGCUCACAGCACCAUAUAAAUCAAAUUACUAGAAUGGGUAAUGAAUUGGGAUGCACCCAAUUCACUGAGCACUGUUGUAUUCCUGUCUGUCCUUCAGGAGCUGCAGGAAAUUCGCAAGGACAUCCGAGACAUGAUGGCUCAGUCCACUGCUGCCUUUAAGGCCAGGUAAUACAUACAGCUUUUUUGUGUUGAUGUGUUUUUGAGUAGAAAAAGGUUAUUUGGUCUGCAUUGUAGAAAACAGACUAAAACAGGGAGGGACUACCUGAACUUAUUCUUUUUUUUUCAUGCAAAUGUUUUGUGAUGGUGUGCCCUAAUGAAUAUGACCCUCCAGAGUGGAGGCUUGGUGCAAACGGAUGCUGCUGAAGGAGAAAAAGGUGAAGGACUUGACCCAGUAUGGCACGGAGGUGAGCGAGCUGCAGCGGGUCAUCUCCCACGACCACCGCCUCAAGAUCUUCAUGAGCAUCAAGGGCAAUGAGUGCAGCAGCCAGGAGGAGGGCCAGGACCUGAGCUGCAGACAGGGUCAUAGAUGAGAUACUUAUUAUAGGCCUUGUUAUAAGACAUUAUAAAGGCUUAUACAUGCUGAUGACAAGUGACAGAGCAUUAUAUCUGUAUGCUUUAAUUCACACAAUGACAAAUGACUAAAUCAAAUACGCAGCACCAUGGCUUUUCAGCAGCCCAAUUAUUUUAUCAAAAUAUAUUUAAUGUUUGAGAUUCUUAAAAUAGCCACCCUUUGCCUUGAUGACAGCUUUGCACACUCUUGGCAUUCUCUCAACCAGCUUCAUGAGAUAGUCACCUGGAAUGCAUUUCAAUUAACAGGUGUGCCUUCUUAAAAGUUAAUUUGUGAAAUGUAUUUCCUUCGUAAUGCGUUUGAGCCAAUCAGUUGUGUUGUGACAAGGUAGGGAGGGUAUACAGAAGAUAGCCCUAUUUGGUAAAAUACCAAGUCCAUAUUAUGUCAAGAACAGCUCAAAUAAGCAAAGAGAAACAACAGUCCAUCAUUACUUGAAGACAUGAACGUCAGUCAAUAUGGAACGUUUCAAGAACUUUGAACGUUUCUUCAAGUGCAGUCGCAAAUAACCAUCAAGCGUUAUUAUGAAACUGGCUCUCAUGAGGACUGCCACAGGAAUGGAAGACCCAGAGUUACCUCUGCUGCAGAUGAUAUGUUCAUUAGAGUUACCAGCCUCAGAAAUUGGAGCCCAAAUAAAUGCUUCACAGAGUUCAAGUAACAGACACAUCUCAACAUCAACUGUUCAGAGGAGACUGUGUGAAUCAGGCCUUCAUGGUCGAAUUGCUGCAAAGAAACCACUACUAAAGGACACCAAUAAGAAGAAGAGACAUGCUUGGGCCGAGAAACACGAGCAAUGGACAUUAGAAUGGUGGAAAUCUGUCCUUUGGUCUGAUGAGUCCAAAUGUGAGAUUUCUGGUUCCAACCACCGUGGCUUUGUGAGACGCGGUGUGGGUGAACGGAUGAUCUCUGCAUGUGUAUUUCCCACCUUAAAGCAUGGAGGAGGAGGUGUUAUGGUGUGGGGGUGCUUUGCUGGUGACACUGUCUGUGAUUUAUUUAGAAUUCAAGGCACGCUUAACCAGCAUGGCUCCUGAAGCAUUCUGCAGCCAUACGCCAUCCCAUCUGGUUUGCGCUUAGUGGGACUAUCAUUUGUUUUUCAACAGGACAAUGACUCAACACAACUCCAGGCUGUGUAAGGGCUAUUUUACCAAGAAGGAGAGUGAUGGAGUGCUGCAUCAGAUGACCUGGCCUCCACAAUCCCCCAAAUUCAACCCAAUUGAGAUGGUUUGGGAUGAGUCGGACCGCAGAGUAAAGGAAAAGCAGCCAACAAGUGCUCAGCAUAUGUGGUAACUCCUUCAAGACUGUUGGAAAAGCAUUCCAGGUGAAGCUGGUUGAGAGAAUGCCAAGAGUGUGCAAAGCUGUCAUCAAGGCAAAGGGUGGCUAUUUGAAGAAUCUCAAAUAAUAAAUAUAUUUUGAUUUGUUUAUCACUUUUUUGGUUACUACAUGAUUCCAUAUGUGUUAUUUCAUAGUUUUGAUGUCUUCACUAUUAUUCUACAAUGUAGAAAAUAGUAAAAAUAAAGAAAAACCCUAGAAUGAGUAGGUGUGUCCAAACCUUUGACUGGUACUGUAUAUCUGUCUGACUCUGACCUCUAACCUCUGUCUUUAGUGGAGGAGAGGCAGCGCAGGAGACUGGGACUGGACACUCAGGGAGGGGCUUUUGGGACUCUCGAUUCCCUGCAGGAGACCUUCCACAAGAUCCACUGUGUCACAGGGGAGGAGGACCUGCACAAGCUAGUGGGGACCUUCAUUCAGAGUGAGUCACAAAGCCAUGUCACCUCAGCAAAGGGGCACCUCUUAACUUCCAAAAGAAUCACUUACAUUUACUUUAUUAUGGAAAUAUGAUAAGGAAAUAUGCAGGCCUCAUAGUUUAGGCCCUCAAGAGUAUGCUCCUUAACUCUCAAACUACCGACAUACACUGCUCAAAAAAAUUAAGGGAACACUAAAAUAACACAUCCUAGAUCUGAAUGAAUGAAAUAAUCUUAUGAAAUACUUUUUUCUUUACAUAGUUGAAUGUGCUGACAACAAAAUCACACAAAAACGAUCAAUGGAAAUCAAAUGUAUCAACCCAUGGAGGUCUGGAUUUGGAGUCACCCUCAAAAUUAAAGUGGAAAACCACACUACAGGCUGAUCCAACUUUGAUGUAAUGUCCUUAAAACAAGUCAAAAUGAGGCUCAGUAGUGUGUGUGGCCUCCACGUGCCUGUAUGACCUCCCUACAACGCCUGGGCAUGCUCCUGAUGAGGUGACGGAUGGUCUCCUGAGGGAUCUCCUCCCAGACCUGGACUAAAGCAUCCGCCAACUCCUGGACAGUCUGUGGUGCAACGUGGCGUUGGUGGAUGGAGCGAGACAUGAUGUCCCAGAUGUGCUCAAUUGGAUUCAGGUCUGGGGAACGGGCGGGCCAGUCCAUAGCAUCAAUGCCUUCCUCUUGCAGGAACUGCUGACACACUCCAGCCACAUGAGGUCUAGCAUUGUCUUGCAUUAGGAGGAACCCAGGGCCAACCGCACCAGCAUAUGGUCUCACAAGGGGUCUGAGGAUCUCAUCUCGGUACCUAAUGGCAGUCAGGCUACCUCUGGCGAGCACAUGGAGGGCUGUGCGGCCCCCCAAAGAAAUGCCACCCCACACCAUGACUGACCCACCGCCAAACCGGUCAUGCUGGAGGAUGUUGCAGGCAGCAGAACGUUCUCCACGGCGUCUCCAGACUCUGUCACGUCUGUCAUGUGCUCAGUGUGAACCUGCUUUCAUCUGUGAAGAGCACAGGGCGCCAGUGGCGAAUUUGCCAAUCUUGGUGUUCUCUGGCAAAUGCCAAACGUCUUGCACGGUGUUGGGCUGUAAGCACAACCCCCACCUGUGGACGUCGGGCCCUCAUACCACCCUCAUGGAGUCUGUUUCUGACCGUUUGAGCAGACACAUGCACAUUUGUGGCCUGCUGGAGGUCAUUUUGCAGUGCUCUGGCAGUGCUCCUCCUGCUCAUCCUUGCACAAAGGCGGCGGUAGCAGUCCUGCUGCUGGGUUGUUGCCCUCCUACGGCCUCCUCCACGUCUCCUGAUGUACUGGCCUGUCUCCUGGUAGCGCCUCCAUGCUCUGGACACUACGCUGACAGACACAGCAAACCUUCUUGCCACAGCUCGCAUUGAUGUGCCAUCCUGGAUGAGCUGCACUACCUGAGCCACUUGUGUGGGUUGUAGACUCCGUCUCAUGCUACCACUAGAGUGAAAGCACCGCCAGCAUUCAAAAGUGACCAAAACAUCAGCCAGGAAGCAUAGGAACUGAGAAGUGGUCUGUGGUCACCACCUGCAAAACCAGUCUUUUAUUGGGGGUGUCUUGCUAAUUGCCUAUAAUUUCCACCUGUUGUCUAUUCCAUUUGCACAACAGCAUGUGAAAUGUAUUGUCAAUCAGUGUUGCUUCCUAUGUGGACAGUUUGAUUUCACAGAAGUGUGAUUGACUUGGAGUUACAUUGUGUUGUUUAAGUGUUCCCUUUAUUUUUUUGAGCAGUGUAUUUUACAUACAUGGAUUAUUGCCAAGAACUUUUAAGAAGAAACUAUUGGAAAAAGCAACAAUCAUAGCUAAAUAUAAACUUAAUUAUUUUAAAACAUCAUUAGACAUGUAAAUAAUGUUAUCUGAAAUGAAAAAUAACCAAAACAAUUCAUUAGCAUGAUAUGUCAAAUGUAGAUAUACAUUUUUCCCUUAGAUAAUGUGCAGCUUUUUUCAAAAGUACAAUCCACAUUAGUACUAAAAAGCUAAUUUACAACCAUUUGAUUGUAGUAUCAUUUUGUUUUUUUAAUUUUAAAGUAAAUAUUAAUGUUGUCAUAUUUAUGUGGUAAAAAACAAAAUUAGAAAUAGCCUAUACUUAAUGUUAUUGACAAAAAGUGAUUCAUCCAUUGAUCCGGAGAGAUUGCUUAGUUUUCUUUAUUUACUUACCCCACAGCCAACAUUAGUAUUGCUGCUUGUGAAACAAUGGGAGUGGUAGGGCCUAUGGCAGAAUGCUUCAAAAGAGCAUGCCCAAAGCCUCAAAUUCACUUCAAACUAAAUGUUAUAGCAACCAAAAUACCAUAACAAGUUGCAAAUAUAGAAUAUUGGAGGGUAUUAUAAGAAUUCUGGUAUUUAGUUCAAAUGUUCCUAGUGGUUAAGAGUGUUGGGCUAGUAACCGAAAGGUCUCUAGUUCGAAUCCCUGCAACCGAAUAGCUGAAAAAUCUGUCGAUGUGCCCUUGAGCAAGGCACCCUAAUUGCUCUUGUAAGUCGUUCUGAAUAAGAGCGUCUGCCAGUGGAGGCUCCUCAGAAGAGGAAGGGGAGGACCAUCCUCCUCAGUGAAUUUCAUACAAAUAAAAAUUGUAACACAUUGAAAAAGUUAUCAUUUUUAGAUGAAACUUUACUAAAUAUAUUCACGUCACCAAAUAAUUGAUUAAAACACACUGUUUGGCAAGGAAGGUCUACAGUAGCCUCAACAGCACUCUGUAGGGUAGCACCAUGGUGUAGCCGGAGGACAGCUAGCUUCCGUCCUCCUCUUGGUACAUUGACUUUAAUACAAAACCUAGAAGAAUCUUGGUUCUCACCUCCUUCCAUAGACUUACACAGUAAUUAUGACAACUUCCGGAGGACGUCCUCCAACCUAUCAGAGCUCUUGCAGCAUGAACUGACAUGUUGUCCACCCAAUCAAAGGAUCAGAGAAUGAAUCUAGUACUGAAAGCAUAAGCUACAGCUAGCUAGCACUGCAGUGCAUAACAUUUGGUGAGUAGUUGACUCAAAGAGUCACUUACUUAGCUAGCAAAUGCAGCUGGCUAGUUUAGUUACUCAAACACCUGGCUCAAACAGAGGGAUGCUAUGUUAGUUAGCUGGCUAUGACUAUCCAACACAACACUGGAACUUUUCCAAGUCAAUGUAAGCUUUUGGUUUUAUAAUUUUAUUGCCACCGGGGACCGCAGGUGUAACUGUUUACUGACUAUACACUGUAAUGUUACUGCAUGAUUGUAGCGGGUUUACUAACACAUUAGUUCUAUUAGCUAUGUUGACUAGGACGUUACUUUAGCUAAUAUGGGGACAACGAUGUAGGCUGUGUGUAGAGGUUAUGACAUGGUUUGGCUUGGAAAGUUUUUUUAGCCUGGUCACAUACAGCUGAUGUGUGGUUCAUUGUAGUCCACAAAUGAAGGGAAAAGGUGAGAGGGACUGCUAUGAAAGUGAUCUGUGCUUAUGCGUGAUCAGGGGUGUAUUCAUUCAGCCGAUUCUGUUGAAGAACUUUUCUUAAACGGACCAAAUGAAACAGGGAUCAAAAUACCUGAAUUUGUCUCGUUUGCAUCUGUUGGACUAAUGAUUACACCCUAGAUAAGCUAGAUACAGGCAAGAGUGUGCAAGGCGGUAUUAAAUGUGUCACUGUCUGUCCAUGUGUCACUGUCAUCUCAAAUUGUUCUCUUCACCUGUGUGCACCUACGUUGUAAACUUUAAUUAAUAGGCUAGGUUGUAGCAACCUCAUGAUGGGUAUAGGUAACAUUUGAGUAUCAUGUAGGAGCCUAAACCUAUCGAUGUUACAUUGAGCUGGGUGAAUGGAAUAUGAAUGACAGUCAACCAACAUGCUGUAAUAGAAAUAAGGCCAUGCUCAUGAAAAAAAAAUGGUCCUCCCUCUUCAUAAACGGCACUGAACGCCACUGGUGUCUGCUAAAUGAUGCUCAAUGUAAUACAGCACUGUGCACAUUCAGAAGGUAGAUGGUUUCUGUAAUUAAAGUUCUACCAAGUAUUCAUACCACUGACAAUACUUUUAUGAGCUGUUUUGACUGAAACUACAUUUACAUUACAUUUACAUUUACGUCAUUUAGCAGACGCUCUUAUCCAGAGCGACUUACAGUUAGUUUAUUUUUCAUACUGGCCCCCCUUGGGAAUCAAACCCACAACCCUGGCGUUGCAAACGCCAUGCUCUACCAACUGAGCUACAUCCCUGCCGGCCAUUCCCUCCCCUACCCUGGACGACGCUGGGCCAAUUGUGCGCCGCCCUAUGGGUCUCCCGGUCGCGGCCGGCUACGACAGAGCCUGGAUUCGAACCAGGAUCUCUAGUGGCACAGCUAGCACUGCGAUGCAGCGCCUUAGACCACUGCGCCACUCGGGAGAUCUAUAGCGUAUAACUAAUUUAGAUUUUGUACACGGUCAUACCUAGUUAUAACCAGUAUAACCAUAGGCGAGUACAUAAGGUGCUCCAUCUUUGCAUGUGAUCUGUCUAUCUGGUCAAGAUCACUCCACCCUCUGAUAAAAUAAGAUACAAUGGGGAGAACAAGUAUUUGAUACACUGCCGAUUUUGCAGGUUUUCCUACUUACAAAGCAUGUAGAGGUCUGUAAUUGUUAUCAUAGGUACACUUCAACUGUGAGAGACGGAAUCUAAAACAAAAAUCCAGAAAAUCACAUUGUAUGAUUUUUAAGUAAUUAAUUAGCAUUUUAUUGCAUGACAUAAGUAUUUGAUCACCUACCAACCAGUAAGAAUUCCGGCUCUCACAGACCUGUUAGUUUUUCUUUAAGAAGCCCUCCUGUUCUCCACUCAUUACCUGUAUUAACUGCACCUGUUUGAACUCGUUACCUGUAUAAAAGACACCUGUCCACACACUCAAUCAAACAGACUCCAACCUCUCCACAAUGGCCAAGACCAGAGAGCUGUGUAAGGACAUCAGGAAUAAAAUUGUAGACCUGCACAAGGCUGGGAUGGGCUACAGGACAAUAGGCAAGCAGCUUGGUGAGAAGGCAACAACUGUUGGCGCAAUUAUUAGAAAAUGGAAGAACUUCAAGAUGACGGUCAAUCACCCUCGGUCUGGGGCUCCAUGCAAGAUCUCACCUCGUGGGGCAUCAAUGAUCAUGAGGAAGGUGAGGGAUCAGCCCAGAACUACACGGCAGGACCUGGUCAAUGACCUGAAGAGAGCUGGGACCACAGUCUCAAAGAAAACCAUUAGUAACACACUACGCCGUCAUGGAUUAAAAUCCUGCAGCGCACGCAAGGUCCCCCUUAAAAAUUACAGACCUCUACAUGCUUUGUAAGUAGGAAAACCUGCAAAAUCGGCAGUGUAUCAAAUACUUGUUCUCCCCACUGUAUAUCCCAGUCAGUAGUUUGAGGGUUAAACAAGGUCUGUGUUGACACAAGAGGCCUAUCUAAGAUCUAUUUUGUUAUAUUUGUAACUGUGAUAAAUACAUUUUGUGUUUGUGCAUCCUACAGUUGAAGAACAGAACUUUGCUUUGCUAAACUUUGUUAACGAGCAGAACAACGAAGCCGAGACCUUGAAGGACGAAAUCAACCAGGUCUGUAUGAAAUUGAAACUACAUGCAUGUUUACCUUUGAAAUAAGUAAUUUCUUUGGAUGUUGUGCUUUAAUGCACACAGUAAACUACAGGGCACCUUCCUUUCUAUUUGGCCACUUUGUUAAAUGUAGCCAACUAACUGGAGGAGUGUGUGCGUGUGUGUAUUAUUGUGGUCCUCUGUAGCUCAGCUGGUAGAGCACGGCGCUUGUAACGCCAAGGUAGUGGGUUCGAUCCCCGGGACCACCCAUACACAAAAAAAAUAAAAAAAAUAAUGUAUGCACGCAUGACUGUAUGUCGCUUUGGAUAAAAGCGUCUGCUAAAUGGCAUAUUAUUUAUUAAUUGUAUUAUAUUGUGCUUUCAUGUGUCCAUUAGGUGCCUCUUCUACCUUUGUGUUCAACCUGGUCUCAGAGCAUUUCAUAUUAUUCUGUAUGUAAAUCCGAGGAUUCCAUUUAGUAUGAUAUGUUAAGUUUCGUAUGGUAUGUAUUAAUUUGUGGAUGUCCAUCACCCAUUUCGUAUGAUAUGUUAAAAAUUACAAUUCAUACAAUAUGUUACGAAUUAGCAAAACGUACAAUAUGUUACGAAUUAGCAAAAUUAAUGAAAUGUUACAAAUUCUAGCUAGGUGGCUAACAUUAGCUUGCUGGCUAACGUUAGCUAGGCUAGAGGUUAGGGUUAAAUUUAGGAGUUAGGUUAAAGGGUUAAGGUUAGCUAAAAGGGUUAAAGUUAGGGUUAGCUAAUUAGCUAAAAAGCAAAAGUUGUCCGUGAUGAGAUUGUCCGUGAUGUGCCUACCCAUCCACCCCGACCAACCACCCUACUUUCGUUUUUGACUUAAGUAACCAUCUGUCUUAUGUAACCAUACCAAACGUAACAUAUACUACUAAUUUGAGUGUUCUGGAUUUACAUUUACUAUGUUAUGUCUAGUCUAUGAGACCAGGCUGUGUGUGCCACAGAUCCGCUGUGAGAUGGAGGUGUUCUCCAGAGAGGAGCGCAGGCAGCAUGAGGAGCACAGGGCCAUGCUGCAGGGGGUCAAUGUGCAGCAGCAGGCCACAGAGCAGCAGGUGGGGGCCUACCAGCAGCUCAUCACCUCAGUGGGGAAGAUCCUCAACCAGCUCAAGACAGGUAUGGAUGGGAAAGAAUGGUUUGUUUUGUUCCAGCCCAGAACUAGCUACAUCUUACGACUAUGACUUCCCUUCCUGUGGAGGCCUUAAUAAGCUACUUACUAUUACUUCUAGUACUAAUACUACUGUAACUACUACAACUAUUACUACUAACUAACUAUUUUCUUCCAAUUCAACUGAAUCAAGAGUGUGUUAGUUGAAUCAGGUGUGUUAGUGCUGGGCUGUAACAAAAUGUGCACCUCCUGGGGGUCUCGUCUCUCAAUGCAGUGAAGAGACUCACAGAGUGCCAGUCUCUUUCUGCUUCUUUAGACAACCAGAUUGAGAAGCCUAAUUUCUUCCUGUGUGUUUCCGUGCACCAGGAAUAGAUAGUGUGUGCCACAACAUAGACUGUGACCUGUCAGUGAUCGAGGACAAGUUAGGCUCCUCGACCGGGAUCCGGGACAGCACCAUCAUGACUUACCUGGGAUUGGUGGAGCGCAGGACCAAUGAGCUGCUGACUUUGCAGUCUUUCCUCAGCUCCAAGGUAAUUUCAAUGUCACAUCAUAAAAAUGCAUUCAUCCCUCCUUCAUUGCUUCUCUGGAGUAAAACGGAUCCGAAAUGACUGGAUUGAUGAAAGCUAUUGUAAUGUAGUGGAACCCUACUACUACUAUCUAACUGCUUUUAACUAUCAAAUUGUGUCAGAUCAGGGAUAGGCUAUAUCAGUGGAGGGAAGGUGGAAGUAUAGAUUUUAGAAGUGAACAGAGCCUCAGUGAAGUGUUGACCUUGAUCCAUUUUAUUUUGUUCUCUGUCUCCGCUCCAGGACCUUGAUAAAGAUUACAAUCCUAGAAUGGUUGCCAGACACGUCCUCGGACAAAGUCCACCACUGGUUAGGCAAAACAAAAUGGUUGAGCCUCCCAUUUCUGGGUAUGUGUGUGUGUUUGUGUUCAAUAUAGAAGCUGCUACAUCUAAUGCCGGAAAGGGAUGACAAUGAACAGUCAAUGGGACAGCGGCAAGUUUGUUUGCAAUCCUGUAACAAUAACCUAUGUAAUAAAAUACAUGGGGUUCUGUUUCUGAAAUAUACCCGACGAUGCAGUUAUAUCCACUUUGCAGCUCAUGUUUUCUUUUUAACCUGUGCUGCAGCGUAGGGAAACUUUUUAACCAACUGUAUUUACAACCUUGCCGGAGGACAAACUAGUUUGCUAUUCUAGGACAAACUAGUGUGCUAUUUUAAGAGCCUAGUUUGCUAUUUUAGUAGUAGGAACCUACAUUUUCAGUUUUCUGACAUUCAUAAGGAAAUAGUAAGUGAAAGCAAUACUUGGAAGUGUGGUAACCAUAACUUAUAGUUUUACUCUAUGGUGGUAACGUAAGACUACUAUUUUAGGGAUGCCAAUGACCCAGAGGAGUCCCUGCUAACAGACAAGGUGAAGCCCCUCUCCAAGGACGAGCUGCUCCCGCUGGUAAUGACGAGGGUGAGGCCUUCCCUUCACUCAACGUGGACCACCACAGCCAUAUAGCCAGGGAUGGCCAACCUGGCUCUAGUUUAACCCUCAAUCGGUAGCAAAAUAGUGUCCACAAUAGAUGUUUAAAGUAUAGAAAUAUCAUCCAUACCUGAUCAUUUUUAUUGUAAUACUAUGGGGGCUCUGAGUUUGGUGCCAUUAUGGAUUGAUGGCAUUCUGAAUUGCCUACAGCACACAUAACAAAAUACUGUUUCGUUGGGUUGUUUUCUGCCACAGAUGCAGAGGAAGGCGAAGAUCGUCCAACCAGAGGUCCGAAAAUCAGCCUCCAAACUCAGCGUUGUGGCCAGCAGAAUCCGCCGCGGCUCCCUGGGACUCUGAACUCAUCAUCCUUUUAUGAAUUUUGAUUGGGACACACAAACUGCAAUAGUUUAUUGACCUCAUCCCUGGUAGUGUGACUUUAUCCCUGGUAGUGUGACCUCAUCCUUGGUAGUGUGACCUCAUCCCUGGUAGCUGCAGACUGGGGGACAGCAGGAGGCCCACUCCUGUGGAAAGCAGCAUCACAGCCCAGCUUUCAUCAGCCAUUCAUAAUCUCUUACUUUUAUUAAAUUUACAUUUUAGUCA